UCACCCCGGACCCGAUGCUUCCAAAGUUAUAGUUACAGGACCCGGUAUUAAAGAUUCGAUUCUUGGCGAGGACAACGAGAUCUAUAUUGACACUAGAGAAGCUGGUAUUGGUACUCUACUCAUUAAAGUACAUGGUGUUAAAGACGCCUUCAAGAUUGAUGCCAAUCCUGUCAAUGAAGAUGAUAAAAGAUUACUCCUUGCUACCUACUCUCCCACAGUCCCUGGUAGUUUUGAUAUUUUCAUAAGAUGGAGUGGUGUCCAUGUUCCUGGAUCUCCGUUUAAAGUGAAUAUUACAAAACCAGGGGGAGCAGAGGAACCUGAAAAGAAAGUGAAGACUGAGAGACAAGCUACAGCUGCUGGCGGAGCUCAAAAGAAAAAGCCAUCAAGAAGACUAACUGAGCAAAGGUUGCAACAGGACAUUCAAGUUGAGGAGCAGAAAACUCGAGCAGGACGACGCAAAAAAAUCAGCACAGUGAGCGUAGAAGUUGAGAAGAAGCAAAAGAGAGUGAUGAGGUCACAAUCAAGCAGUGCAAUACCUGUCAGUGGACCAAUAAAACCACAGAUGAAAAUGAAGAGAAAUCCUUCGAUGAUGGCAGUUAUUGGUAUGCCAGGACGUCCUCCAUUAUUCCAUCAACCAGGUGGAAUGAUGAUGUCCUCUGGAAUGAUACCAACUCUUCCUCCAGCACAACAAGAGAGGGUAGUGAAAAAACAAUCCAGUUCUGCCAAGUUACCUUCGGCGGAGGCAUCCAGUAGAAAAAUAUCCACAAGCAAAAAGGUUGUCGGCAAAGAGGAAACAGAUCAUAAUCCGAAAGUUGAGCACAAGCCAGUAAAGAGAAAGAAGAGUCGAUUUGAACUUGCUUAGUAUUUGUAGCUUUUAUAUAAAAAUACAUGUACAAAACAACAAACUGUUAGUUAAGUUACAUAUGUAUUGUACACACAAACAAACAAACCCUUAUUUAUAAUUAUUAAGUACUAUAGUCCAGACAAUAUAAAGUUAUUCUUGUUUUAUCCCUAUUGGUAAUAUUUAUUUAUUAUUAU